AUGUCGGCCGCUCCGUUCUUGCAAGGCAUGGCCCAGCUGCGUCCACCGUCGCCGUUCGACUUCGACAACCCCAGCUCAUGGCCUACAUGGCUGCUGCAGUUCGAGGACUUCUCGUUCGCUACCGGACUUUACGUCGCGCCGGCAGAGGUACAAGUGCGCUCCAUGCUUUACUGUAUGGGCCCGCAAGCCAGGGUUGUCCUCGCGUCGACCACGCUAGGCGAGGCGGAUAUGAAAGACGUCGCCGCCGUGAAGAAGGCUUUCACCGACCACUUCGUGCACCCGCCGAACGAGCUGUACGAAUCAGCGCGGUUCCACCGCCGUACGCAGCAACCAGGUGAAACGGCCGACGCAUUUUUUACGGCGCUCCGGACAAUGGUCAAGUCCUGCAACUAUCCGUCGCCCGACGUCGAAGAGCGGCUCGUCCGAGACCGUUUUCUCGUGGGCUUGCUCGACCGCGAACUCUCGGACAAGCUCUGUCGGAACCCGAAAAUGACGCUACAAGAAGCGCUGACGUACUACGUUCGUCGGCACGAAGACGCAGGUAACGAGCGCAGAGCUCGUGACUCGGCAGAGGCAUCUUCGUUCGCCGUCGACGCCGCUCGCCUUCGCAAAGGAAAGCAAGCGCCAGCUGAUAAGACAACGCAACAGCUGUGCCCAUUCUGCGGACGAGCGUCACACCCUCGCGCCGACUGUCCCGCUCGCAGUGCGUCGUGCAACUUUUGUCGCAAGAAUGGCCAUUUCGAAAGGGUGUGCCGCAAAAAGAAGCGCGUAAACGGGAAGCACACACGGAAGCCUUUGGCCAGCUCCAUCGAGUUGCAUGCAGUUGCGGGAGAGCGCCCGAACGCGAAGUUCGUCGAGGUACUCGUCGAUGGGCGCCCACUUUCCUUCAAGGCCCAGACAACAGUCGACAUCUUAUGCUCGUCCUCAAAAGGUACAAACGUCUUCGUCCGCUUGGCAGCAUUCUGA